GCCAAAUCUGUGCAUACGGUAACACUUAUACAAGCCAAGCAUGUCACAGUUUUUUGACAAUUGUGUGAAAUUAUUUAUAUUCUUUGCAUCAUGUCCAACGACAAACGUACCAUCUACGUCGGCGCCUUGUCAGAUGAAGUUACAGAGAAACUGCUUAACGAUGCUUUCAUCCCUUUUGGUGAUAUCGCCGAUAUACAAAUGCCGGUGGAUUAUGAAUCACAGAAGCACCGAGGAUUUGCAUUUAUAGAAUAUGAAAUGUCUGAGGAUGCAGCUGCAGCUAUAGAUAAUAUGAACGAUUCAGAGCUUUGCGGCCGCACAAUACGCGUUAAUCUCGCCAAACCGGUGCGCAUUAAGGAGGGCAGUUUCAAACCCGUUUGGGCAGAUGAUGAUUGGUUGCAGAAACACGCCGGUGCGACAUUGAAAGGUGAUGAAACCGAGGCACCAAGUGAAAGUGCUAGCGCUAAUACCGACGAAGCUGAUGUCCCAACUAGCAAGCCAAGUGGGCCGAUCGUUAUAGAGAAAGCCGAAAAACGUAAUCCGCAGGUGUUCUUCGAUAUACGAAUAGGUGGUCAUGAUGUGGGUCGUAUUAUAAUGCUACUGCGCGCAGAUGUUGUGCCAAAAACAGCGGAAAAUUUUCGUGCACUCUGCACGCAUGAGCAAGGUUUUGGCUAUAAAGGAAGCAUUUUUCAUCGUGUGAUACCGGAAUUUAUGUGUCAAGGUGGUGAUUUUACAAAUAAUAAUGGUACUGGUGGUAAAUCAAUAUAUGGCAAGAAAUUUGCCGAUGAGAAUUUCACACUUAAGCAUAAUGGCUUUGGUACGUUAUCAAUGGCAAACUCGGGUCCUAGUACUAAUGGUUCACAGUUUUUCAUCUGCACAACGAAAACCGACUGGCUCGACAACAAGCACGUGGUUUUCGGACAUGUAAUCAGCGGUGCGGAUGUUGUGAGAAAGAUGGAACGAUGCGGCAGUAAAUCGGGUACCACAACACAAAAAAUUGUAAUAUAUUCUUGUGGAGAAUUAAAAUAAAACAAAUAUUUUUACUUUUUAAA